AUGGUGAUAGUUGACAGGUUUACCAAGUACAGUCACUUCUUAGCAUUGUCUCAUCCCUAUACUGAUGAGAAGGUAGCUGAGGUAUUCAUGGAACAUGUUUAUAAACUCCAUGGACUUCCCAAUGAUAUUGUGAGUGACAGGGACAAGGUCUUUGUGAGUAAAUUCUGGAAGAAAUUAUUCAGUCAGUUGCACGUGAGCCUAAGCAUGUCCUCAGCCUACCACCCUCAGUCAGAUGGCCAGACAGAAAGGGUUAACAAAUGCUUAGAAACUUAUUUGAGGUGUAUGGCAAACAAACACAGGAGUGAGAAGAGUUUUACAGUGGGUGAUCUUGUGUACCUCAAAAUACAACCCUACAAGCAAGUGUUCCUGGCUGUUAGGUUUAGUGUUAUGCUCACAGCCAGAAUUUAUGGUCCUUUCAGAGUCAUGGAAAGGAUUGGGGAAGUGGCCUACAGACUGGAAUUGCCGGUUGGGGCUGCUAUACAUCCAGUGUUUCAUGUGUCUCAGUUAAAGAAGAAGGUUGGAGAAGGAAUGAUUCCACAGCCUACCCUACCCCUCACUGAUCCUGAAGAGAUGGUGUUGGCUCAACCAUUAGCAUCCUUAGGAAAGAGGCUUAUCAAGAAGAACAACCAGGCUGAAGUUGAGAUCUUGGUACAAUGGGCAAAUCUACCCAAAGAAGCAGCAACAUGGGAAAACUACCACCAUAUCACAAAGCAGUUUCCAGAAUUUGAUCCUUGGGGACAAGGAUCCCUUGAAGGAGAGGGAAAUGUCACAAACAAGGAGGGUAAAAGGGAAAAAGAAGCUCAGGAAGGUGAACUGGACACAGGGAGAGCCACAGAAACUGAUCAUUUUGGCAAAGUUGAAGGACUGAGACGGCGUCGUUUGAAGGUGGGCGGUUGA